AUGACCAUUUAUUCCUCCUGCAAGCCAUGGCUUGCCAAAUGCUCAACGAUGCCCCCAAAAUACAUACAAGCAUCCAUCAUUAUAUCAAUUGGUGGUAUUCUAUUUGGCCUUGAUACGGGGACUAUUGGUCCCCUAACAGUGAUGCCUCAAUUCGACGAAACUUUCGGCAAACUCUCAUCAACAGUUCAUGGCCUCCUUGUCUCCACAAUCCUCAUACCCGCAGCUCUCUCCUCAAUAUUCACUGGUCAUUUGGCCAAUACUCUUGGUCGCUUAUCAGCUACUGCAAUCGGCUCCUUCAUCUUUGGUAUUGGUGCUGCUAUUGAAUGUAGUUCUUUCCACCUUCCUCAGAUUUUCAUCGGGCGCGCUGUUAAGGGUGUUGGCGAGGGCUUUUUCCUAAGCACAUUAGUCGUCUACAUUACCGAGAUAUCACCACCUUCCCAGAGAGGUACUUUGGCUAGUCUUCCUCAGCUCGUCACCACUAUGGGGGUUCUGGUAGGAUAUUUUAUGUGCUAUGGUUCUGUUGGAAUAGAAUCAAGUUUGAGUUGGAGAUUACCAUUUGCGGUACAAGCGAUUAUCGCAUUCUUGUUCACGGCCAGCACUAUGCUGUUUCUACCGCAAAGUCCAAGAUGGUUAGCGGCAAGAGGAAAAUUUGAGGAAGCGGAGAGGGUAUGGUCAGAUUUGAACCUCCCAGAAAAAGAGAGAGAAAAGGUGGACGAUGAUGUAGAUGAUAAUGAAAAGGCGGACCAAGAAGUAAAAGCGAAAGAUAUGCUUGCGAUUUUUGCACCAGAUGCUUGGAAGAGGACAGUUCUUGGGCUAUUCUUGAUGGGAAUCCAGCAGGCGGCUGGUAUUGAUGGUGUCUUAUAUUACGCACCCCUCCUCUUCCAAUCCGCCGGCUUAACUUCCUCAACGGCUUCUUUUCUCGCUUCGGGUAUUUCCGCUCUCCUAAUCUUCCUUACAACUAUCCCAACCUUUAUCCUCGCCGAUAAAUGGGGUCGCAGAACUAGCACCAUCGUCGGUGGUGCUGGUCAAUUCAUUGUUAUGUUUAUCAUCGCCUCUCUCUAUGCUUCCGAUUCAGUACAUUCCUCCUAUGGCGCCGGUCGCUGGGUCGUUAUCAUCUGCAUCUACCUCUUCGCCAUUAUAUUUUCCGCCACAUGGGCCGUAACCUUUAGAGUAUACGUAGCCGAGAUUCAAAGUGCAAAAACCAGAGCCGGAGCAACGAGUUUGGGAUUGAGUGCUAAUUGGGUGGUGAAUUGGAUAAUAGCAUUUACGACGCCUAUCUUUCUGUCAAAGAGCACGAGUGGAUGUUAUUGGUUGUGGGGAAGUGCUGCUUUGGUAACAGUCGUUGUGGCAGUGUUUUGGAUGCCGGAGACGAGGGGGAAGAGUUUGGAGGAAAUUGAUGCUAGUUUUAGGAAAGGAAAUAGGAAGGGUGCAGUCACGAGUGGUGGAGUGGUGGAAUUGGGGCCCGUGGAGUAUCUGGGAACACAAGAUGAGGGGAGAUUCGAAAAGGAUGGCAAGCAUGGUAUGAAAGUUACUUCAAGGGUUGUGGUAGAUACUCCAGCUUCGAGUUCUACUGUAUCGCUAUCGUGA